AUGGCGAGUUCUUUCAGUGUCGUCACUUUCAGUAUUCUUGUAGCUCUCCUUCAGUCACAUUUCCUGAUUGUAUCUCCCUGCAUGUCCUGCAUCAGUCCAUGGACAAGUUUUGGGAAUCAUUGCUACCGUCUUGUGACAGAUGCCAAGACCUUUGUUGAAGCUGAGCAGUAUUGCCAGAGUCUGUCACGCCUUGGCAAACCAUCUUAUCUGGCGUCCAUUUUGAGCCAAGAGGAAUACGAUUUCCUCGUCCUGCUCAUAAAAUCCGUUUACGGGGAAAGCGGCAUGAAAACCUGGUUCGGCUACCGCAAGGACGGAUCCGGUAGCUUUGCCUGGCUCGACGGCAGUCCAUCCGGAGGGUACACCAACUGGUACGCGGCUCAACCCAGUGGCGACGGAGAUUGUGUUGAGUUUCUAGAUACUACAGGUGAUUUCAACUUCUUGUGGAAUGACAUGCCAUGUUACGAACGCAGAAGAUCCGUCUGUAAAAUAGCAACCAGGUUCUGA